AUGGCUGAAGCUAAUAAGAGGAAUAUUCCCAUUAAACUGGGUGACUUCAGCGUCAUUGACACGGAGUUUAGCAACAUUCGGGAAAGAUUCGACUCUGAGAUGCGCAAAAUGGAGGAGGAGAUGGCCAAGUUCCGGCACGAGCUGAUGAAUCGAGAGGCAAACUUUUUCGAGUCCACAAGCUCCACGACAAACUCGGCGCUGCCAUCGCGAAUCCCCAAGCAACAGAACUUAGUGUCCGACAUCAGCUCACCCUUGAUACAGGAUGAGGGCGACAGCAAAGUGCUAAAGCUCCGCUUCGACGUCAGUCAGUAUGCACCCGAGGAAAUAGUGGUGAAGACCGUUGACCAGAAGCUAUUGGUGCAUGCCAAGCAUGAAGAGAAGUCGGACACAAAGAGCGUAUACAGAGAAUAUAACCGUGAAUUUCUACUGCCCAAGGGCGUGAAUCCCGAGUCCAUCCGCUCAUCCCUCAGCAAGGACGGAGUUCUAACUGUAGAUGCGCCGUUACCCGCCCUCACCGCUGGCGAGACAUUGAUUCCUAUUGCGCACAAGUAAAGGCCGUUACCCCAUCCAUCCGAUACCACUUUUUGGAGCGAGAGAUGAAGGAUCAGAUUAUUAUCAUGCCGAUAAGAUUGGAGUUGAGUGUCCUAUCAACUAAUUAACUUUUUUGGUUCUGACUAAAAGCUAUAAUAUGAUACUGACUUACUACUCAUAAUUAACUUAAAUGUAAUGCAAAUUAUUAUUAAAUUUGAUUAAAU